AUCUACCAAAAAAUAAUAAAUUUCAGUAACGAAAUAUUAGAAAGUCUGGCUGGUAGCCAUUUUGUUGCAAACCCGGUGUAUUAACAAAAAUAGGGAAAUAUGCAUUUUUCGGGUUUGCAACUCACAUAGAUAAGUCCAAUAGAAUAAAAUUAAAAAUUUUUGUGCAAAUGUAAAUAACAAGAAGGAACAAAGUAGAAACAGCCAACAGCGAAAAAGAGUAACGAAAAUAUACUAAAAAACAAAAUCUGAGAGAGCCUACCAGACACUUCUUCCGAGAGAGGGAGAUAGAGAGAGAACCAAAACGAGUGAGAGCAAUAAUUCUUAUUGGGCGGAUGCAAAAAAAAAAAAAAAAAAAAAAAAAAAGAAUGCCAUGCACAAUGAAAAAAUAAGGAAUUGGCGAAAAGAGAAAUUGCAUUAAAUCAAAGAAACAAAAGAAAAAGCCGAGUAAAAAAUGAAAGAAGAAAAAUUGCAAUUCGUUCGUUCGUCGUUGUAUGGUGCUUAGAAGUUGUACGAAAUUUUAUCGGUUAAAUAUUUUGAAAAAAUAAACAAAUUACAAUAUAUUGUACGCUGAGAAACGUAGUUAACAAAAAACCUAUGAGAAAAACAUAAAACAAACCCGGAAAGUAAUAAUUUUUAUGGCAAAAAAAAAAACAAAAAUUUGCAACGACGGCAGUGGUAUUAUACACGUUUAUGGAUUUUUGGAUUUGUCUUUUGCCAGUGGAAUAUGUAAUAACGCUUGCUUAGGAACCCUUAGUUGUUCCUAAGGCAAACAACAGCAACAACAACAAGAAUAAGAAGAGAAAAUCACCCGGAGCAUAUAAGAGACAUAAAUUGAAACCCAGAAGAGGAAGAAGAAGAAGCAGCAGAAGAACAUUUGAAUUCUUGGAAAGCACAUACACACACUCACACACAGAAUACUUACAAAUAUAUUGUCCUUUGUUCGUGGUAAAGUCGACAACAACAACAAAAAGUACCAUUGUAUAUCAUCACACAUUUUGUUUGAACAGAAGACCAACAAACAGACACCAGAAGCAGCCAGACGCCGCUCGCUGUGUGUAGGAGAAACUAAAGUCUGUGUGAUAGUCAUCAUCAUCACGCCAUCACCUUCAUCAUCCCAUCCCGAUUUGCCGCCACUGUGGUUUUCUUUUUCAUCUCUAGUUGAAGCGGCAGCAGCAGUAAGGAACAGCAGCAGCAGCACCAUCAUCAUCAUCAUCGCCCGGUACUGGCAGCAUGAAGUUUGAGCCACGACGUGUCCGUGGUCAGUCAUCACCAUCAGGUAGCGGUAGUGGUGGCAGCGGUAAUGAUAAUUCAUCAACUACAAGCACUUCCUCAAAUACAACCUCAUCCUCUUCGACAUUGGUGGGCGGCAGCAGCGGCGGCGGCGGUGGUGUGAGUAGUGGCAGUGGUGGUGGAGGUGGCACUGGCAUUGGUGGUGGCGGCGGCGGUGGCGGUGGCGGUGGGGAAUCCUCAUCAUCUUCGUUGUCGUCCUCAAAUCUAAGUACCACAGCAACUACGCAUAAUCCUGCAGAACCAACUAUUUCCUCGGCAAAUCCCACCACCACCAGCACCAUAAUGAACAGCAGCAGUAACAACCUAACUACAGAUUCCCAAACAGAAAAUCCAGGCGCCUUAGUGUCGGACACAGCAGUGUCGCCGGAAAAAUUGAUAUCAUCAUUUCCCACAAAAUCGCUAACAUCACUAAUACAGAAAAUAUCCAGUCCACGAUGGGUUGUACCCGUUUUGCCAGAACAAGAGUUGGAGGUAUUAUUAAAUGCUGCCAUACAACUAACAGCUGCUGGUGUGGAUCAUGACUGUGAGCCAUGCGUUGAAUUCUAUCGCAAUGCCUUGACGACAUCCUUUACGAAGAUACUCACAGAUGAGGCUGUCAACUCGUGGAAAUACGCCAUACAUCAUUGUAUUUUGAUCUCCUGUGGCAAGCUAUUGCAUCUGAUUGCCAUUCACAUGACACGUGAUAAUCCAUAUCUGUUGGAUUUACUGGCGCUAGUCUUCGAUCCGGAAAAUAAAUACAACACCUAUAAUGCGACGCGACAGCCGGAAUGUUUUAUACCACCCGAACAUUUGUGGGGUGUUUUGGAUGGCAAUAAAAUGUUUGCCAAAUCGCCGCCAGAGCCCAAGAAUGCACGUGGAUGGUUGGUGGAUUUGAUAAAUCGUUUUGGUCAGCUCAAGGGUUUCGACAAUUUGCAAGAGCGUUUCAAUCGCGGUCUGGUGCUGUUGCGCAAACAACAGGAACAACAGGCCGCUGCCGUGGCAUCGGGUUGUGCCAAACCAACGGGAUCACGGGCCAUGCUACAACCCGAUCCCGAACAAGAGAAUAAAUUGACAUUGGCUUUGAUCUAUAGCUUGUUGCGUCCCUUCGGCCAAUGCUAUGAACUGUUGACACCGGCAACCAUUUCCAAAUAUUUUAUGCCCAUAUGGAAUGUGGUUUUGGAUUUACUCGACAGCUUUUCGGAUGAGGAACUGAAGCGAGAAGCCAAACCUGAGGGACGUAAUGACUACAUCAAUGGUAUUGUGAAGUCGGCCCGUUACUUGGCCAGCCGUUUGCCUGGCCAGGAGGAGCUAAUACGAAAUUUGGAAAUGUUUCGUUUGAAAAUGAUACUCAGACUGCUGCAGGUGUCCAGCUUCAAUGGCAAAAUGAAUGCCCUCAAUGAGAUUAACAAAGUUUUGACAUCGGUCUCAUACUAUUCGCACAGGACGCCACAGUUGCCGCACUGUAUGUCGGAUGAUGAUUUGGAUUGGCUGACGGCGGAGAGAAUGGCGGCCUGGAUCAAAGAAUCCGAUGUCCUGGGCAUUGUCCUGAAAGACUCGUUACAUCAACCACAAUAUGUAGAGAAAUUGGAAAAAAUCAUAAGAUUUUUAAUUAAAGAACAUGCCUUGACUCUGGAAGACUUGGAUGCGGUGUGGAAAGCCCAGGCUGGCAAGCAUGAGGCCAUUGUUAAGAAUGUGCAUGAUCUAUUGGCUAAGUUGGCAUGGGACUUUACACCCGAGCAAUUGGAUCAUUUGUUUGAAUCAUUCCAGGCCAGCAUGACAACUGCCAACAAACGCCAGCGCGAAAGGCUUUUGGAAUUAAUCCGCCGUUUGGCUGAGGACGACAAAAAUGGUGUUAUGGCUCAAAAGGUGUUGAAACUCUUUUGGACUUUGGCCCACAGCCAAGAAAUACAACCCGAGGUCUUAGAUCAAGCAUUGGCGGCCCAUGUUAAAAUUCUCGAUUACAGCUGUUCCCAGGAAAGGGAUGCCCAGAAAAUCGUUUGGCUAGAGAAAUGUGUGACGGAGUUGAAGACGUUUGAAUCAUGGGUAUUGCCAGCCUUGCGUUUAAUUAGAGAAAUCUGUUGUCUCUAUGAGUCCUCGCCCAGCCAUGCUCCCCGCUCACAGCAGUCGCUCAACCGCCAACAGGUCAUUGAACGGCUACAAAACGAAUAUUCAUUGGUAAUCCUUGUGACCAAUAGUCUGACAUCGUAUAUGGAUAAAAUACGUGGCAUGGUUGCCGAAAUGUCCAAUGUAGAUCCUGCCGCCCUGUGUAUAGAUGGUCGUUUCCCCCACAAUGUGCAAAUAUCGGAACGUUUGGAUUUUCUUAAAUUCCUAUUGAAAGAUGGCCAGCUGUGGCUUUGUGCCGAUCAGGCCAAACAGAUUUGGCAUUGUUUGGCCGUCAAUGCUGUAUUCCCCUCGGAUCGUGAGGAAUGUUUCCGCUGGUUCGGCAAACUAAUGGGCGAAGAACCGGACUUGGAUCCCGGUAUAAAUAAGGAUUUCUUUGAGAACAACAUUCUGCAAUUGGAUCCACAUUUGCUAACGGAAUCGGGCAUAAAAUGCUUUGAACGUUUCUUUAAGGCGGUCAAUUCCAAAGAGGACAAACUCAAGGCCAUACAUCGUGGUUAUAUUCUGGACAAUGAAGAUCUAAUCGGCAAGGAUUAUCUGUGGCGUGUCAUAACAACGGGUGGUGAGGAGAUUGCCAACAAAGCCAUUGAUUUACUUAAGGAGGUGUCGACGGCAUUGGGACCACGACUCCAGGAGAACAUUAGUGAUUUCCAUGAAAUGUUCAUUGGCGAGUGUUGUGAACGUUUGAGGACCCACUACUCGAAUAUCUUGAUACUGGGCAAAUCGUUGGGCGGCAGCGGUGGCAAUGUGGUGGCCACCUCGCCCGAUGACAACAACCAGGAGGCCGAUCAAAAUGAUUCAAAAGAUUCGAAAAUGCGUUUCAUUGAGGCCGAGAAAAUGUGUCGCAUCCUCAAGGUCCUACAGGAAUACAUCAAGGAAUGUGAUCGUUCAUUUAACGGCGAUCGUACCAUGCUGCCUUUGGUGCGUGCCACACGUGGCAAAUAUACUAGUCUUUAUAUACGUUUUCAAAAUCCUGGACGUCCCAUUGAUGACAUUGAAAUUACCACCCAUAACAAUGAAAUGGUGUCGUCGUUUAAGCGUAACCUACUGAAAAGGAUCAAGGGCACAUCGACGGCCAACAUCAAAGUCGAUUUGCAUUACAACAAUGGUGAACUGAUUGAAAUUGGUGAUGAAAUAAAUCCCCUGUCGCAUUACUCGAUACGGGAUAAAAUGAUUCUAACCGCGAAGCUGACACCAAUUGGUGCGGGGCUGGCCAGCAGUCCAGACACGUCGAGCGACUCGAGUACCGGUUCUCCGCCCAGACCUUGCCCCGAUAUGUCACGUGUCGAAUCGGAAAGCACGCUGCCGGGCGUAAUAAUCUCUCAGAAUUUCCAAUAUAUAGAAUUUUUUCUUAAACUCUAUCAGCUGGGCAGCGAUUUGGAGCAUGGUCGUCUAAGGGAAAGUGCUAAAAUGUUGUUGCAUUUAUUGCCCUGUGAUCGUCAGACUGUCAAGAUGUUGCAACUAAUGUGUGGCAUGCCCGAGGCAGCGGUGUUGGGAAGUGGUGCGGCAUUAACAGGUGGUGGUGUUGGAGGUGGUAUUGGCUCAAAUAUUGUAACCAAAGAUGAAGAGACAACGGCUGGGCUGAAUGUCGGUACGGGCAGUGCCGUCAAUGAGGGCCAAAUCCAACAGGGCAGUUCAACAAAUGAACCGAUCAAUCCCCAAGAUUGCACCCCCGAAAUGCUAUUCUUACAUCCCACCCCAGCUCAAGUUCACUACAAUCUCUGUGUACUGAAUAGCCUGCUAAUUCCCGCUCUCGAUCCGUACGGUGAAAAUGCUUUAUUAAUACAAUCGUCAUGGCUGCAUUCCGGUUGUGCCCAUUUCAUAUUGGAACUGCUGACGAAAAAUAAUUUCUUACCCAAUGCCGAUAUGCACACGAAGCGGGCAUCAUUCCAGUGUGUUUUGCGUCUGGCCAAACUAUUCCUCUACAUUGUGGGCUGUGUGCUGUCACGGGUGGGCGACGAACCGACUCUGUGCGAAUACGAUGUGGGCUCCAGAUCCCAGGUGGAUAUUCUAAAACAAAUCUUAACCUCAAUACCAAAUACCUCAGAGAUUACUUUAAGAGCCAUCUCACAGAAAUUGGCUGAGAAUUUAGCCACGGAAAUGUUAUCGGCUUGUCCUGAGGGUGAACGUUGUCGGGUGCUGUUUGCCAGUACUCUGCAGUGGUCAUGUCCCGAUAUAUCGACCAUUAAGGCUGUGGUCCAACUGGCCUGGGCAUCGUCGUGCGGCAAUUUACAGGCGCUGGGUACAAAGAAUGAUUUUGCCGAUGACAACUCAACACCGGAUAGCCAAGAUUUUAUGGUCUGUAAAGAGGCUUUGGAGGUGCUGACCAUUUCGUUGGUUCUCAAUCCAAGUGCCAAUGAGGCUUUGAAUUCUGAUCCAUUGUGGCCGAAAUUUAUAACAUCAUUGAUAUUGAAGAAUCAAUCGAGGCAUGUGCGACAAGUGGCAGCGGAACAGCUGUUUUUGACCUGCACCUAUUGUGCCGGCGAUCGAAGGCCAUUUGCCUAUAUGGUCAAUCUAUUGAUUAGUUCAUUGAAGACCCUAGUGCCACAGCAUGAGGCCACCUGUGCCGAUUUCUUCCAGCUGCUGUGUCGCACUCUGUCCUAUGGCUGUCUGGUCAAUUGGCCCUUAAACAUUGGCGAGGGUCUGCUGGCCGAGGAAAUCAAAUGGCUGCAAAAGAUACGGGAAAAUGUCACCACCACGGGCGAUAUACAGGUCCAUGAAGAUCUACUCGAAGGUCAUUUGUGCUUAGCCAAGGAAUUGAUGUCUUUCCUAAUGCCCGAAACGAAGGCCCAACUCAACGACUUAAUACACGAGCUGAUCGAUGCAUUCUUGUUCACCGCCUCCAGGGAGUACUUGCAUUUACGUAAAAGUGGUAAAUUGAAAACCGAAACUGCCCCUCCUCCGGUGUGUCGUAGUCCGCACACAAUAGCCGCUGCCUGUGAAUUAUUGAUAGCGUUAUGUCAGAAUUGCGUUCCUAAUAUGAAAUUAUUAACGAAUACUCUAAUAGAUUUUGUGUGUACAGAUACCGAUCCCCUGCGUGAAUGGGAUUAUUUGCCGCCAGUGGGCCCCAGACCAGCCAAGGGUUUUUGUGGUCUAAAAAAUGCCGGUGCCACUUGCUACAUGAAUUCGGUGUUACAACAACUAUAUAUGGUACCCUCGAUACGUGUGGGUAUCUUGAAAGCCGAGGGAGCGGCCACCAAUGAAAGUGAAGAUUUUAGCGGUGAACCAGAAUCGAAUGUUCUCAUGGCGGCUGCUGGUGCCUCGCCCUUUUUCAAUUCCAAUAACGAUGACAGCAACAAUGACACCAGGAAGAACUAUCAUGUCGUCAUUCUGAAACAUGUACAGGCGAUUUUUGCCCAUUUGGGACACAGUGCAUUACAGUUUUAUGUGCCACGCGGUUUGUGGACACAUUUCAAACUCCAAGGUGAACCCGUCAACUUACGUGAACAACAAGAUGCUGUGGAAUUUUUCAUGUCUCUUUUCGAAAGUCUGGAUGAGGGCCUCAAGGCCUUGGGUCAUACCCAAUUGAUGAAUGCCACAUUGGGCGGUUCGUUUAGUGAUCAGAAAAUCUGUCAAGAAUGUCCACAUCGUUACUCGAAAGAGGAGCCCUUUAGUGUUUUCAGUGUGGACAUUAGAAAUCAUAGUUCGUUAACCGAAUCUCUAGAGCAGUACGUUAAAGGUGAACUCUUGGAGGGCGCUGAUGCAUACCAUUGUGAUAAAUGUGAUAAGAAAGUAGUUACAAUUAAGCGGUUAUGUGUAAAGAAAUUACCGCCUGUAUUAGCCAUACAAUUGAAACGUUUUGAAUAUGAUUAUGAACGUGUUUGCGCGAUUAAAUUUAAUGAUUACUUUGAAUUUCCAAGACUUUUAGAUAUGGAGCCCUAUACAGUAUCUGGCCUAGCCAAACUGGAGGGCGAAGUAAUCGAGGUUGGCGAUAAUUGCCAAUCGAAUGAUGAAUGUACCAAAUACGAAUUGACUGGUAUUGUUGUGCAUAGCGGCCAGGCUUCCGGUGGCCAUUAUUUCAGUUACAUUCUAUCAAAAAAUCCCUCCACUGGCAAAGAACAAUGGUAUAAAUUCGAUGAUGGUGAAGUUACCGAAUGUAAAAUGAACGAAGACGAAGAAAUGAAGGCCCAGUGCUUUGGCGGUGAAUAUAUGGGCGAAAUAUACGAUAGCAACCUAAAGCGAAUGCAAUAUCGCCGACAGAAACGUUGGUGGAAUGCCUAUAUGCUAUUCUAUACACGCUGUGAUCAAAAACCAAUACAAUUUGAACCGAGUGUAGAGCAACUUUCAUUAGCGGAAAGUCGUAAUUUUGUAUUGCCAUUGCCAAAACCGAUUGAGAGGAGUGUUAGGAAUCAGAAUAUACGUUUCUUGCAUUCAAGAAGUAUAUUUUCUGUAGAAUUUUUCAAUUUUAUUAAAAAAUUGGUUAGUUGCAGUAUUCCUCCCAUUAGGGCCGAAAAAGUGACCCCAUCCGCUGAAGAACUAUCCCUAUUGGGUGUCCAAUUGGCUUCACAAUUUCUAUUUCAUACCGGUUUUCGUACAAAGAAAACAUUGCGUGGACCAGUUAUUGAAUGGUAUGAUACCCUAUCACAUCAUAUACGUUAUUCAUCGGCUGUACGCAAAUGGUUUGCCAGCAAUGCAUUACUUAGUCCACCAACACGUUUGGGCGAAUACAUUUUAAUAGCACCAUCACCAGAAGUUCGUACUGUUAUUGUUAAAUUAGUUGUAUUCUUUUGUCAUUUUGCCAUCAACGAUGAGCCGCUGGCUGGCUAUGAGGGCAAUAAUUUAUGUGAACAAAUUCUCAUAAGUGUUCUUAAGUUAUUAAAAUGUGAAGUAGCAGAUCAUGGUAAACAUUUGCCACACUAUUUUAGUUUAUUUAGCAUGUAUGUUGGUUUAGGCAUACAAGAGAAGCAACAACUUUUAAAGUUAAAUGUUCCCGUUAUAUUUAUGCAAGUGGCUUUGGAUGAGGGACCUGGUCCUUCAAUAAAAUAUCAAUAUCCCGAAUUGAGUAAACUACAUCAAGUUGUAUCACAAUUAAUACGCUGCAGUGAUAUUUCCGACAAAUGUCAAUCGUCAAAUCCCCAAGGAAGACCGCUACCGAAUCCUUAUAAAGAUCCCAGUAUAAGUCAUGAAGAUUUAAUGCCUUUAUCACCAGAAUGUGUUGAUAUCUUGUUCAAUAGGACGGGUUACAUUAAAAAGCUCAUUGAGGACACAAAUGUGGGAGAAGAGGGCCUAAAACUAUUACAGUAUUGCAGUUGGGAAAAUCCCCAUUUCUCUCGUGCCGUUCUCACUGAGCUUCUGUGGCAAUGCGGCUUUGCCUAUUGUCAUGACAUGCGCCAUCACACCGAGCUGUUGCUUCAUAUUCUAUUGAUCGAAGAUUCGUGGCAACAUCAUCGCAUUCACAACGCUUUAAAUGGUGUCGCUGAAGAGCGAGAGGGUCUACUCGAGACAAUACAACGUUCGAAGACCCAUUACCAAAAGCGAGCCUAUCAAAUCAUUAAGUGUCUAACACAAUUGUUCCACAAGUCAUCGGUGGCAUUACAAAUGUUAAAUUCAAAUCCAUCGGUCAGUAGACAUUGGAUAAUUGCUGUGGAAUGGCUGCAGGAUGAAUUGGAUCGCCAGCGUGGCAUUGGAUGUCAAUAUAAUUCAUAUUCAUGGUCACCACCGGCUCAAAGUAAUGACAACACAAAUGGCUAUAUGUUAGAGAGAUCGCAUUCGGCAAAGAAUACCUGGUCCAUGGCAUAUGAAUUGUGUCCCGAAGAGGAACAAGAAGAAACCAAUGAAUCCGAUGCUGAAACCAAUGAAGAAACCCAAAGACAACAACAACAGCAGCCACAACAAAACCAGCAAUUGAACACAAUCAAGUCGUCUGGUGGCAAUGAAAAGGUGCCCGAUUUGAAUAUAAUUGCCGAUUUGAUAAGUAAAAAUAUGUCAUCAGAGGAGGAGUCACAACAACAGGAAAAACAAAAACAAUUGAUGAUUUCUCGAAAUGCACCAAAUGUUAAAAAGCUACUGGUCGGUGUACCACCGGGUGGUUCAACUGGCGAAUGGAUAGGAAGUGGUGGCAAUGUUUCCAAUACAUUUAAUAGCGGUGAGACAAAAUCCAAUGUUGAUAAUUCCACAACAUCGACAACAACAACAGCAGCAGUAACAACAACAACGGGGUCGCCAUCCUCCUCUUCAACGAUGGCCGUCGUGACUGAAACCCAAACGGAACUAUACAAUAUAAAUGGUUUAACUAGUACUUUGAAACAUUUGUCGCUAUCGCCAAAAACGUCCGUCAGCGGCGUCAUUAGCACCACGGAUAUGCCAACAACAUCAACAAAUAUAUUGACGACAAAUAGCAGUAAUACAGUGACUACAACAAUGGCAACAACAACAACAGCUACGAUGAAAAAGGACAAAGACUUAUCGACGACCACACAUAUUUUAAAUGUACUCAACAAUCCGGCUAUGAGGACCCUUGGGACAAUGACAAAUGUCUUGGGAGGCGGCGGCGGAAGCGGAGGUAAUGUUGCUGAUCAUUUGCAGACUGUAAAUACAACAACCACAACAACAAUAAAUGACCAACAACAAGCGGAACAAAAGCAGCAGAACAUUGAGCAACAGGAACUAACUACAACAACAACAACAGCAAACAACACGUAGAUGAAGUUGAAAAAUAUUGAAAUAUUAUUUAAACUCUACUAUGCAAAGGGAAAGAGUAAACGAAAGAAAAACAACAACAACAAGAACCACAACAACAGCAAGAACAAGAACAAGAAAAGCAAACAUUUUUUAAAAAAUAUUAAUUAUAAUAAUGAUGAUGAUAAAUAUAAAAAUCGAUUUGAUGAAACAACAGAAACAAAGAAAAUAAACAAAAAGAAAACAAUGUUCUUUUUUCACACUAAAGAAUUAAUUAAUUAUUAAAAAAUAAAUAAAAAAAAACAAAAGAAAAAAUAU